AUGUCGCCAGCGUUCACUCUCUAUGGCGCUCGCGGUUCGACCAACACGGACCGUGUCCGCCUGACUCUCGCCGAAGGUGGCUUCACGGAUUAUGAGCUCGUGCUCCUCAAUCUGCAAAAAGGCGAACAAAAGUCCGAAGAAAACAUGAAGCGUCACCCGUGGGGAAAGGUCCCCGCCGUCACUUUCCCCGAUGGCUUCACUCUUUACGAGAGUCGUGCAAUCUGCAAAUAUCUCGCCAAGAAGUACUCGUUCCCCCUUCUGCCCUCGGACUCCGACGCCGAUGCUUCGGCGCUGUUUGACCAGGCCCAGUCGGAGGAAAUGCUCUACUUUGCCGACCCUGCUGGUAAAAUCGCCUUCGAGAAGUUCGUCAAGAAGUUCAUGGGGCUUCCUGCCGAUGAGGCCGUCGUCUCGGGUGCCUUGAAGUCGGUCGAGGCGUUUUUCGACGUGGCAGAGCGUGUCUUGCAACACAGAGAAUACAUGGCUGGAAAGGACUUCACUCUUGUGGACAUCUACUAUAUUCCUAUGAUCCAAAGGCUUCUGGCGUGCGGAUAUGCAGACGUCAUCCAGAGUCGGAAAUCCGUGGCAGCUUGGUGGGAUCGCGUUGUCAAUAGGCCCGCCAUCCAAAAGCUGUUGGCCGCCGACCAGCAGGCUGCAGCCGCCGCUCGUAGAUAG